ACCUUAACAUGGUUAUUCUUCACAAAAUCCAAAACAUCCAGGACUACAGUGGCAGAUUUUCUAUAUUUAUCAUAAUCAUCUAUCAUAAUAUAUUAAUAUAUAAUCAGAAACUAGAGCGACGCGAAAUCUAAUUAUACAUAUUUACAUUACUUCAGGUACUCCUUCUUUUAGGUACGCAUUCGAUAAUAAAAUACAGUGCCUAUAUAUAGUAUUAUAGUUCAUGUAUUUGUAAGAAUAUGAAAAAUUAAAAAUGAUUGUAUAUAAUAUAUAACCUAUUCUUGAACCUCACCCCACGGCCCACUAUAAAUCCGCCAUUGAUCACGUAUUUUUAUAAUAUAAACACGUACGUACAUAUAUAUAUAUAGGUGGAAUAUCGUAACGACGUCUCAGUCGAUGAUCGCUAUAUAAUAUACAGCGCACGCGCGUUACAUGUCGGCAAAACGUUGACGUCGGUGUAAUGACGUUUUUCGCGUUCCGGAUAAGGAAAAAAAUUUUAAAAAUAGAGACGAAAAACAAAACACUCUCUAUACUAACAGGUGCGGAGGUCCUUCGUCACGGCUGUUUUAGAGUCGUUUUGGUCGCCGUCGCCGCUCUCCCAGUCCCGUCGUGGGAGCGUCCAAACCGUGGUGGACGACCGUCCCCGCGGUGUAUACCCUGCGUACCGAGGACAACAGUCAGACGGAAGCGCACGAUAAACGGAUGGACGUCGGACCGGCUGCCGUGGCGGCGGCGGCGACCGCCCCGGAAACGACGACGACGUACCGAUCGCGGCCGGAAGCGUUCCCGAGCCGCGGUGAGCACCAGUGAUGGCCAGCUCAGGUAUGCACGCCGCACUGUACAUACGAGAGAGGCAAAAGAUCCGUGUGAAGAGGAUCCGUAGGGAUAGGUUCCAAUUGCCCAGUCACGUGGCCACCAAGAACAUCGCCCCGUUCCCGGAGUUCCCACCUACCACGUGGAAUAAGACAGCAGCGUCGGUGGCUUGGCCUGGACCAGUCGGUCCGUCUCCAGACAGCGAUGGCUCGGCACCAGGUGGUUCCAUACUCAUACACCUGCCGGCUGACCCACAUAGGAAAUGGACGAAAAAAAAUAAGAUCCACGACGCCUUGUCGUUCGGGGGUGGCGACGGCGACGACCGGAGACUGUACGAGCUGCAGCAGGGCGCGGCGGCCAACACCCUACUGUACGUGGGGCUGUGCUCUGUGGCGCUGGGCCUGAUCAUAGCGUUCGUGGGCACCGGCGAGAAGGGCUUCAAGACGGUCCAGCUCCGGUUCAUCGGGCCCGGCAUGAUCGCCAUCGGCGUGUGCUGUUGUGCUGUCCGCAUUAUGUUGUGCUUCUGUCCGCCGACGUUUUGCUUCAAGCGCCGCCGGCACAAGGGUGGCGGCGGUGCUUCCGACAAAAUGGCUGAGUUCUACAAGUACAUGCCGUUCCGGAACCAUCCGAUAAACGCCAACUCGGCCGCUGCCGAACCGCUCACCGGAGUCGUCGUCGAGACCGUACCGAUGACGGUCCUGAAACCGGCACUGAAACGCGUGUCCAUGGCCGCUGACCAGCAACCACAGAUUGUCUGUCAACAAGCGAAACGGAUGCCUAAGGCCACUCCAGAAGCCAGUCUGGACAGCAGCAUGGAACAUCUGAUCGAACAGGACGACCAUCUGUACACGAAGGACGAGGUGAGCUCGAAUAAAAAUCUCUCAAACCUCAAGUCAACGUUGACAUUCGAGGACUCGUUGAACGUGGCCACCAAAAUGAUGGUAAAAUCGUUCGAGGAGUUGAACAACACGUCUUCCAUGCCCGGCGGUGAUUCCACCGACCAGCAACGACAGGAGCUGGUGCUUAGCGCCGUGAACCUGACAAAGUAGAUUUGCGCGUCGGUCCGCACAAUACAAUACCUGAUACAUAAUAUGCUAAAAUACCAUAGUAUAUAAUAUAAUAAAUUAUUGUUGUAUAUUCAGACGAAUUUGGCUGUGACGAAUAACCCCAUACAUAUACCUAUCUAAAUUGAUAUAUAUAUAUAUUAUAUGUGUGAAUUAACGAUUAACUAUAUAAUAUAAUAUAUUAGGGUAGAAUCAUAGGUGAUGGCAUUGUGAUGGGUGGCACGGGGUUACAGUUACCCCCAUAGUAUUAUUUGAGGGGACAAAACAAUAAUGUUUUCCCUUCCGACACCAGUCAACGUGAGAUGGCAAAAGAAAAAUGAAUGGUUCAAGAGUAUAGCCGUGUAACUGUGUAGGUAUACCAAUAGUCCAAUGCAAUUUUGUUUUAUCGAUUCCAGUUUUUUCAACUUGCAUUCCUAUUAUAAAAUAUUUAAUUUCUGCGUCCUCUAGUAUGUUUGCCAAGUACUACCUAUGGGUAAGGGUAGUAUACUAGGGUACGUAUAUAUUGAUUUUGAUAUAUAAUUUUAAAUUAUGAAAUAUAUUAGAAACUCGACGACGCUUACAUAAUAUACCUACGGGCUACGGGUUAGAAAAAUUAAUAAAUUUUAGUUUAAUCGAUUGUCGUAAUCCGUGUAUAGGUACCUAGGUGGCUAGGUAUACCUAUACGGCUAUGCUUUCAUUAUGUAAAUGUCGAUGUAGAAGUAGGCAACUAUAACAUUAUUAUUGUAUAAUAAACGUAGGUACUCCCACCUCCGUUUUGGUGACGAAAAAAAAUAUAUACAUAAUAUUACAUUAUACUCUUAUCAUAGGUUCACGCUAGUUUAUAUAGGAUACGUAUACAGUGUAAAUAUUUACAAUAAUAUAAUGUACCUAUAACAUGUAUAUAAAUGCACAAUAAUAUGUGCACUAUAUACGGUAUAGACUAUAUGUGUAGGUACCUAAUGCUUGGUGCAUUUACAUAGCAUUCGGCUAGAGAUUAGAAUAUCGCAUUAUACGUCUCACUAUAUAAAUAUAAAACUGCCGACCUAUACCUUAUGUUAUAAUUAUGUAUGUGUGUAUUGUAUAAAAUAUAUUAUAGGUACCUAAUAACGCGUGUUAGUACUAAAUCAUGUUAAAUAAUAUUGUAUUAUAAUCGAUGAUUAUACCUACGGUGUAUACCCACAAUAACGCGGACACUCGUUUAACGCGAUUAUUAUUGUUAUAAAUUAUUAUGUACCUAUAGGUAUAUUAUACCCGUUUUCGUUUAUAUCGGAUGAAAAUCAUUUGAAAACUGUUUAUGUAUAAAUUGUGUAAGUGCGUAUUUAACGUGCAUAUGUAAAUGUAUAACGUGUUGUUAACAACUACCAACGAUAAGAAAAAUAUAUAAAUAUAUCUGAAGAAAUAAUGUACGUAAAUAAUA